GUGUUAAAUCAAUGUUACAUUGAGUCAUGUGCAUCUCUUGUGAAAGACGCCUGUUUUAUAUCAGAUUGUGAUGUGAAAACCAGACGAUUUUAAUUUACAUAUCAUUGUUGAAUCGUGGAUAUGAUCGUUCGUAUGACUUCCCCAUGGAUUUCCCGAGAGGGCGUUAGUUAGCAUACACCGAAUUUUUUAUUAUACGCAACUUGCGCAAUUCUUGUAAGAAUUGUCGAUCUUUGGUGAUAUCUUGCCUUCGGUGGUAUUUGUUCGCUAGAUAAUCGUUAUAAUUGUUCGUGGAAAGCUCGGAGUGAUUCGAAGGACAGUGGAUAAGGCCGAGCGAGAUCGGACGUCGCCAGUUUCAUCCAAGCGUUGAAUUGGAUCGAGGAAGUUGAAAUUGUGGCUAAUUGCUAGCCGCAAAAUACAAGGGCAGAAAGUGUAGCUAUAAAGCCAACAUCUACAGAGAAGUAGAAACGAACACGUAAAACAUGGCGGAAGCCGUUGUGGACGGGACCCCGAUGUCUCGAUUUUUUUGCCACAAAUGCAGUGUCGAAAUUGAGCGUUUGUUGCCAAAUUACACAUGUCCACGAUGCUCAAGUGGUUUCAUCGAGGAACUAGAAAUUAGCACUAAUGAGUGCAACUCAACAGUGGAUGUGAGCAAUGAAGAUCUGAGUGAUGUUGAUGUUGAUAUUUUAGGAUAUAAUUCUUCACAACGUUAUCCACCUGAUCGAGAUUUGAUAGAUAUGAUAUUGGGCCUUUCAAACACCAAUCAACAGCCAGGCGCAGGCAGCAGAAACUAUGUGCUUGGCAGCAGAAGAAGGUCUAACUGGAAUCGUACUCCUCCAGAAGGACGUCGUAGUAAUAGUACUCGAAGGAGACAAGAAACCUUACCAGUGCCCGUAGAAAAUUUCAUACAAGAUUUUAUCUUCAACCUGUCAGGAGCAACUGGUCUGGGUCACACUGUGGGACAGGAUGCGCAACCAUCUGUACUGUUCUUGGGAAAUCCUGGAGAUUAUGUUUGGGGUCGCGAUGGAUUAGAUGCUAUUGUUACACAAUUAUUGAAUCAAAUGGAUGGUACUGGGCCACCGCCUUUACCACGCAAGCAGAUCGACGAAAUACCCACAACCACCAUAUCGCAAAGCCAAGUUGAUUCUAAACUACAAUGUUCCGUUUGUUGGGAAGACUUCAAAUUGUCGGAACCUGUUAGACAGCUACCUUGUCAACAUGUCUAUCAUGCACCGUGCAUUGUGCCAUGGCUAGAAUUACAUGGAACUUGUCCUAUUUGCAGACAAAGUUUGGGAGAUCAAAAUUCAACUGAGGCAAACCAAGAUACUGUUGGCCCCAGUUUAGCUGCUUUAUUUAGGGCAGCUAAUGAAUCAAACAGUAGCCGCACGUCAUCCACUUCGUCAUCUGCGGACAGUAGCUCCAGUACUUCCUCGAAUACUACCAUGUAUUAACUGCAAAAUUUAAACUAUAUUGUCACUUAAUCGACCGAUAUCUCAAUGUGAAGUGUUGAGUUGAAAACGACCGUUAUGUUCCACAUUCAGCGAAUUAUACUAAAUGAACAUCAACAUAUAAUAGCAAAAUCAUAGACCAUCGAUACAUAUUUGUCUUUAUUGGGGUUUUUUCUUUUUUAAUUGCACUCCGUAAUUUAAUUCGAACUUAAGAAGAUUUUCGAAUCUAAUACUUUUCUCAUUAGAUAAAGGACUUUGAUGAUUCAAUUCCAGUAAAAAUGUAAGACUUACAUGAGAUGGUCCUUAUCGACAUUGUUUACGUAUUGACAGCUUCGCUUGAAGUAGCGAUAGUCAAAGUAAACUCGAAAUAACGAAAUUGACGGAAAUAACUCUAAUAUUUAUAUAAAAACAAUUUUCGUAUCGCCGAGACUCAGUAAAAUAUAUAUGCAUAAAUGUACAACGUAAGCUAAUAUACAAAAGAAUUUAAAAGAAGGGAAAUGCGACUUUUGCAAAAAAGAUAAAUUCAUAAAUUUAAACCAUGAAUAUAAAUAUCACCAAUUCUUCAAAAGAAAGAGAAAACUCACUGCAUACAGAGAUACUUUUGUCUGUGGAAAGACAUUUGAGGUUUAUACUAUCAGCAGUGAGUCAGCAGAAAUCAGCAAACCGUAUAAGAGACUAAUGAAACUAAUGAAACUAACAAAAUGUAAAACAUAAUAUUUAAACUAUAUUAUUUUGGCUUUUAAUCUGUACAUAACGCCAAAGGAUUGUAUUAAAUAUAUAAAGGAAUAUUUCAGGUCGUAAUCACUUCUCUUCUAUUUUUACGUUUAAUCGUGUCUGAUGAAGUGACUAUAUUAAAAUAUGUACAUAUACUUCAACAGUUUCUGAGUCUCGACGAAUAGAGAACAAAAAAUAAGAUAUGUGACGAACAGUUUCGUUUUUCAGUUUGAAACGUUCUUGAGAGAUAUAAAGUUUUCUGCUUGAUGCACUAUUUCUCAGUUCAUCUUUUUCACGGAAACUAAUGUUUAUGAUACAAAUGCGUAUGAGAAAUAGAGAUACAACACGUAUCUGCACAUAUUUCUAUAGCAGAAGAGAUACUUACAAGAGGACAAGCACACACUCGUAAACGUAAAUCCUUACAACCACAAUGUGUAGUUUGCAGCGAUUGACAGAGUUAACAUUUACAUUGUAAACCUGAGAAUGUAACGUAAAAAAAAAAAUGUAAGUAGCAUUUAGAUGUCUACAUAUAGUUACCUAAAUUUUUCGGUCAAUAAUUGUCAUGUAUACAAAUAAAAACGGAAAAACGGUUUCCGCGUUAUCUAUGUCGCGCAAUAGACGAGCACCCUCUGCUAGAACGCGUUACACAACAGGAGAAAUAACGCAUUACGCUACUUUACGAAUGUCGUUGUCUCAUAUUUGAAUAUAUCAUUUAUUUUGGAAAGUACUUGAAUAUAUCAAAGUAUUAGGAGUCGAGUUAGUAUAAAAAAAAGUUUCGAGUGUGGGAUAUAAAUUUUUUCUUUCUUUUUUUCUGUUUUAUAUACUGGAGUGCAUAGAAAAAAAUUUUUUGAGUGUAGAUGGAUGUAGAUGAGUUCACCGUCUCAUUGGCUCACGCAUAUAUUAUCUCCAGGGGCUAGCGCCCAGAAA